UGACUUGCCUCUUUGUUCAGUUUUGGCAACCCUCAAUCUGACUAUCAAUGUGAACAUGAAGUGAAAGAGUUUUCAGACAUUAGAGUUCAAGGUGAAGCAACUCAGUCCAACCAUCAAUGUGAGAGAGAAACCCUUGAAUUUGCUGCUACUAGAAUUCAGUCUGCCUUUCGGGGUUACCUUGUGAGUUUAAACAAGCACUCUCUAUCUCAUAUCUCCUUUCUCAACUUUUAUUUAUUCUCUGCUAAUUUACAAAUGUCUGACACUUUGUAUAUGAUAAAGUAAUGCCUGUUAAAAGAAAACAUAUAUCAGGAAUUUGGUAUGGACACAAAUUAGACCUUUUUUUCUUUUUAGUUCUCACAGAUUGCAUAGUUUUAAUCAACAUAUGUGGGAGGGUUUUGCAGGCAAGUAAAGCCUUGCGGGCAUUGAGGGGAAUUGUGAAACUUCAAGCUAUUAUUCGAGGCAGAGCUGUAAGACGCCAAGCUAUAACUACCCUAAAGUGCUUGCAGUCUAUUGUAAAUAUUCAGUCACAGGCCAGCACAAGAAGAUUUGGAACGGUGGAAGGCACUUGGAGUUAUGAUGAAAGUAAAGAAUUGCAGAAUUGGAAAGACAAGAUAACAAGGAUAGACACAAACAAUCAAAGAUGGUGGAAUGAUAGUGUAUUGUCAAAGAAAGAGGCAGAUGCAUUAUUUAUGAGUAAGAAAGAGGCCAUAAAUAAGAGAGAACGAAUAAAGGAAUACUGGUUUAGCCAUCGGAAAUCGGCAGAAACAGAUCCAAACAAGGUAAACGGAAGAUGGAGAUACUGGUUGGACCAAUGGGUAGACACACAAAUUACUAGAAGUAGAGAACUUGAAGAUUUGGACUCAGUUUUGACUUCAAAUCCAAGACAAACCGAUGACUGUGGAAGAAGACAACUUAAGCUAAGAAAUGUAAAGGGACAGAAUAAUUUUGAAGGAUUGGAUUCUCCAAUAUUUGUUCCCAAAAGAUCAAUUCAUCAUAGGAGGCGAUGCUCAUUGGGAGAUCAUAGUACUUUGUCAAGCUCUCUUGUUCCAACUUACAUGGCUGUAACUGAAUCUGCAAAGGCAAAAGUGAGAUCAAUGAGCUCACCAAAAACACGGCUCGGGAAUUUCGAUACACGCUCUGAAAGCUAUUCACCAUAUAAGAAUAAGUUGUCUCUCAUAUCCUCUGUUACUACUGAAGUGCCAAGUGGUGGCAGGAUUGGCAAGACUAAUGGUUACCAGCAAAGAUCUCCUAACUUGAAAGGCCUUCCAGGUCCUAUAAAAUCCGGACAGAUGGUAAAGGAUCUCAGCUUUAACUCAGAGUGUUCAUUGCAGAUUUGGGAUAGACAUGGUGGCUUCAGAUAAUUUCAGAUGUUUGGUUUAAGAAGAGAUCUUGGUUAGUGUGUUAGGUUGGAGCGGAGAACAUAGUCUAUAAUUUAAUAGAGUUUAAAUAGUUAAAUAGUGGGAUGCUAUUUCAUCUCAUUAUUAAAUGAGUAGCUUACAGUAAUGCUACACAGUUGAUUGACACAUAGAUAGUCUCUUUUCUUAUCACAACUAUAAUUGAGCAAAUUCUAUGCUA